AUGGCUCUUGCGGGAAGAAUCCUCGGAGGUGCGCUGAAUGGGAAUAUCGGCGUUAUACAAACCAUGGUCGGCGAACUCACAACCAAGCCGGAGUGGGAGCCCAAGGCGUACGCCAUCAUGCCGUUCGUGUGGGCCAUUGGUACCAUUAUUGGACCUGCAGUUGGCGGUAUUUUCGCCAACCCUGCAGCCUCGUACCCAGAUGCCUUUUCCAAACAGGGGCUUUUUGGUCAAUUUCCUUGGCUUCUCCCGAACCUCAUCUGCGCUUCACUCAUGCUCGUUAGCAUCCUCAAUGGCUACUUGUAUUUGAGAGAGACCCAUCCCGAUCUCGCUGGUGCCCGCGACUCCAGCGUCUACCAGAACCUUGCCGAACAAACUCGCAUGAUCACCGCCGCAGGCGCUACUGCUGACAAUGCCGUUGACCUAAGGCAAGAAUCGUACGGGACGUUCAAUGAGAUUGACGUCCAAAAGAAUGAUCAGUGGCAGCUCAACGCCGAUGGAACCUCCCGCGAACCCUCCAUAAGCGAGAAGACCUCUCCAAAAUGGCUUACCAAGAAAGUUGUGAUGCUGACACUGGCCCUCUCGAUCUACACGUACCAUUCGAUGUGUUAUGAUCAUCUCCUCCCCAUAUUCUACCAGGACAAGACCGUCGACCAGGUCUCCAUCGCGGCUAGCGGCCUGGUGGACAUCCCUGGCGGCCUUGGGCUGGCCACCCGAGAUGUUGGAGUGAUCAUGUCUGUCAACGGGGUUAUCGCUUUGUUUAUUCAAGCUGUUAUUUUCCCCUUCACCGCUGAGCGUCUCGGCGUUUGGCGAGUAUUUGUUCUUGUCACCAUCUUGCAUCCAGUGGCGUUUUUCAUCGUUCCGUACCUAGCCCUGCUGCCCUCUCACCUGCUCUACCCUGGCAUCUAUACCUGCCUGACGAUCCGGAACUUGCUCUCGAUCCUCGAUUAUCCAGUGAUUUUGAUCUUACUGAAGCAGGCGAGUACGUCUCCGGCCUACCUGGGACGCAUCAAUGGGCUGGCUGCCUCAGCUGGUGCGGCUUGCAGGACCGUGGCACCGCCCGUGGCGGGACUUCUGUAUGAAUGGGGUUCCAGUAUUGGUUUUACGGGUCUGGCGUGGUGGUUUGCCGGGUUCGUUGCUAUCAUUGGCGUAUUCCAGCUGUGGUUCGUCCCCAGGGAGAGGAACGAAUCGACUGUGGUCAAGUCAAUUGUUCCCUGUCUGGAAAACUCGGCGGCGGAAAGGGUAUCGGACGUGGUUGAUGUUACGGUGGUUUGUGACGAAGAAUAUGCCUGA